AUGCUAGCCAAAUCGCUUGCUAUUGCAUCUGUUCUUGUCAUUGGAGGCUACUUGGUUUUUCAGGGUCAGGGUGAAUCGUUCAAUGUUGGUGAAUUCCUAGAAACAACAUCACCAUACAUGUGGGCAAACCUAGGAAUCGCCAGCUGUAUUGGCUUCUCGGUUAUUGGUGCUGCUUGGGGUAUCUUCAUCACAGGUGUGUCAAUUUUGGGUGCUGGUGUGAAGUCUCCUCGUAUCACCACGAAGAAUUUGAUAUCCAUCAUUUUUUGUGAAGUUGUGGCUAUCUACGGGUUGAUCAUGGCCAUUGUGUUCUCCGCUAAAGUCUCUAAUGUUCCUGAGUCUUCCUUGUAUAAUCAUGAGAAUCUCUAUACGGGAUAUGCAUUGUUCUGGGCCGGCAUGACGGUUGGGUUCUCAAACUUGCUAUGUGGUAUCACUGUUGGUAUCACAGGAUCAACGGCAGCGAUUUCGGAUGCGGCAGACUCCUCAUUGUUUGUCAAGAUUUUAGUCAUUGAGAUUUUUGGCUCUGUCUUGGGCUUGUUUGGUCUUAUUGUUGGCUUGAUGAUGGCAGGAAAAGCUCCAGAGUUUCAAUGA